GAUGCAUUUUCGGUUGUAGGGAAAGACUGUUGUUUGGAUGCGAUAAUUUAAAUUCAGCACCGCUCCUUAUUCCGAUUGAGAAUGGGAAAGUGGUUCCACCCAAACACCGGCGGCGGGAAUGCGAGAGCGAUGAGGAAGUGAGGACUGAGGACUGAGGAGCUCCAUAAACCUAUAUAUUCAAUCCCCAGUUGAGAAAGCUACUGUGGUGAUUCAUGGAGUUUGGAGCUUCUUCUAGGGUUUUAAACCCAAAUCAGCGGUCCCUCUUCAACCCUAUAUCAAGCUACCACAAAUCAAUAGGCCUCUUUUGCUCCUAUAACCCUCAUCAUCCUUCAAACGUGUCGUUUCACAUUUCUGCAGCAAAUUCUCGCAGAGAUUGUAUUUGCAAAGCCAUCGUCAAAGACAACAGUAUUAAAUCUGAAAAGGGGAAAAGGAUGCCUGGAGAAUAUUCUCAUGACUUUGAGCUCACAAGCUUAACAGCUUUGUCGCCUUUGGAUGGUCGUUAUUGGAGUAAAGUCAAGGACUUGGCUCCUUACAUGAGUGAAUAUGGCCUAAUCCACUUUCGAGUUCUUGUUGAGAUCAAAUGGUUGUUGAAGCUUUCACAAAUUCCUGAAGUCACGGAGGUCCCACAGUUCAGUAAAGAAGCUCAAUCUUAUUUGCAAGGAUUGGUUGAUGGAUUUAGCAUGAGUGAUGCCUUGGAAGUUAAAAAUAUUGAGAAAGUGACAAACCACGAUGUUAAAGCAGUGGAGUAUUUCUUGAAACAGAAAUGCCAGUCACAUCCAGAGAUUGCUAAGGUGCUUGAAUUUUUUCAUUUUGCUUGCACAUCUGAGGACAUCAACAACCUUGCCCAUGCAUUGAUGCUGAAGGAAGCAAUGAACACGGUCAUAUUUCCUGUCAUGGAUGAAUUGAUUAAGGUUAUCUGUAACAUGGCCAAGGAUAAUGCUCAUAUUGCCAUGCUUUCUCGCACUCAUGGGCAGCCAGCCUCACCAACAACCUUGGGGAAGGAAAUGGCAAUUUUUGCUGUCAGGUUAAGCAGAGAAAGGCAGGAUAUUUCUCAAGUUGAGAUAAUGGGGAAGUUUGCUGGUGCAGUUGGAAACUACAAUGCACAUCUCAUUGCAUAUCCUGAUAUUAACUGGCCUCAAAUUGCAGAAGAGUUUGUAAAAUCACUUGGACUAAGUUUCAAUCCCUAUGUGACUCAGAUUGAAACUCAUGACUACAUGGCAAAGCUUUUCCAUGGAAUUAUCCAGUUCAACAACAUAUUGAUUGAUUUUGAUAGAGACAUAUGGAGCUAUAUUUCUGUAGGUUACUUUAAGCAGAUAACAAAGGCUGGUGAGAUUGGGUCUUCAACCAUGCCUCACAAAGUGAAUCCUAUUGAUUUCGAAAAUAGUGAAGGUAAUCUUGGUAAGGCUAAUGGAGGCCUAUCUCAUCUAAGCAUGAAGUUGCCUAUUUCCCGAUGGCAGCGUGACUUGACUGAUUCAACAGUUCUAAGGAACAUGGGUGAAGGAUUAGGACAUUCUCUUCUUGCCUACAAAAGUUCAUUACAGGGUAUAGCAAAGCUUCAGGUAAAUGAAGCUUGCUUGAGCGAGGACUUGAACCAGUCAUGGGAAGUGCUUGCUGAACCAAUACAGACUGUGAUGAGAAGAUAUGGUGUUCCGGAGCCCUAUGAGAAGCUAAAGGAGUUAACAAGAGGAAGAGCGGUUACUAGAGAAAGCAUAAGAGAGUUUAUUGAAGGGUUGGAAUUACCUAAAGAAGCAAAGACCAAUCUCUUGAACUUGACCCCACAUACUUAUGUUGGAGCAGCUAUUGAAUUAGCGAGGGCUGUUGAGAGAGCUGUGAAUUUGGUAAAUGGGUUUAAGGCCUUAGGCAAUGAUGGUUAGAAAAAGCUCCUAGGUAUUUAUUGUCAUUUGGGUUUGUUGUACUACUAGAUCAAAACUCUGCAUAGCCUCCUGAACCAGGUAAGUUUGUCCAGGAUGCUUCAGUUGGGGAUGAAAAAGUAGCAUUUUUGUUGGCUGCUAAACAAAUUGUUUAUUAGAAUAAAAAAAUAUUAUGCCUUCUCUCUUUGAAUGGAAAGAUGGAGGUUGAAAUUAACAUGAUACCUUGCAUUGUUUGAUAAAAAAUGGAGGCUGAAAUUUUGUAUCCAAACUUUUUGCUAUAUAUUGGGAAUCAUCCCAUGGCGGUAUCCCUGAGUUUCCUUCUUUUUCA